AUUAUUUCCUAAUUUAUAAUAAAUAUGUUUCUUGUAAGACAACCAAGUCAGAAGAGGAUCACAACAUGGAUGGGUCGUAACUUUGGAGGAGGCCAUCACCAUUUUAAGAGAGCACAAAUCUACAAGAAGUCAGAAAAUACAACCUAUCAUGUUCCUGUAGAGGAAGGAGAUUUGGAUCAGGAACUUGGUAAAAAGAGAGGAAACCUCUUACAUCAUAGAGUAAUUGGGAAGCUCAAUAUUCUGUUGGGUUCAAACAGAAUCCAUCAUCUUGACAAUGCUAGAACCAAUAAAUAUUCCCUCUACCACUGGGCUCCAAGGAUUCCUUUCCUGAAGAACAAACUAACAUUGAAAAUUUUAGCUAGUCUCUUUGAUAAUAGCAGACAACAAGCUCAAAAUGCUUAUGAUGAACCAGUCCAGAUCCAUGAAAACUCUGUGUUCCUCUACCAAUCUCCCAGUACUCCUUCAUACAUCGGCGCAAGAGUUUAUGACUAUAUUGCUUUGUCAUUUUUGGUUUAUGGUACUUGAAUUUCUGCCUAUCCUUUAUUAUGGCUACCUAUUAUCCCAUACUCAUUUGAAAUUCCAUACAUUUUCAAUACUUGAAAAUAUCUGACCCAUAGGGCAGAUCUUCUUCCUCAUACCGAGCAGGUAGUAUUCACUAAGAUUGGGUUCUUUGGAGCCAUCCGUAGAUCAGUCGUUGACAUCAAGGACUUAGUCAAGAUCAACCCAUCCUCUAUUGAUUUUCACAAAAGGCUGUUUAAGAGAAAUACCUUCGACUCCAGAUUUGUGUGGAAAGAUAACAGUUCAGGAGAAAUCUUCGUUUUCGUAUCAGAUGGAACCUGGAGUGAAGAAGGUCUCAAUCAUCCUUUGAUUAACUAAAGGCCUUCAUUCAAUAAUCUCAAAUGUGAA